AUGAACAAUUUGGAGAUUCCUGAUGAGCCUUAUUAUCAAAUUGUGGGCGAUGAUCCAACACAAGGAAUAAAAAUUACUUUGCAAGAAUAUUCUGAUUUUUAUCAGAGUCUUGCCAUACCCUGUAUCAUUUCUUACACCUUGACAUUCAUUUUGGGGGUAACAGGAAACAGUCUCGUUAUCUGGAUUGCUGGAUUCAAGAUGAAAAGUAUCAGUGCUGUAUGGUUCCUCAAUCUGGCCAUUACGGAUUUAAUAUGUAACAGUGCUCUACUCCUUCGUAUAACGGAAUGGUCAAUGGUUGUCCAGAGCAACACCUUUAAUAAUAGUUUAUGUAAAGUCAGUACCUCCUUGAUGUUCUUUAACAUGCUUACCAGUGUCUAUUUUUUAACAGUUAUCAGCAUUGAUCGCUGCGUGUCUGUCUGGUGGCCACUUUGGUCUAAAAUACACAGAACUCGCAGGCUAGCUCGUAUUAUUUCAGUGUAUAUUUGGUGGAUAUGUCUCAUCAUAACUACACCGUAUGUAGCCUUUUAUAACUAUACAAAUUUCGUAUCAGAUUGUAAUGUUAAAAUUAUUGAUUUAAUGUUGAAGAGUAAAAAACACAAGGCACGAGUUAUUUUUAACCCUAAACUAGUGCUCAUGUUUGUUUUCCCUUUCAUGGUCAUCCUUAUUAGCUAUAGUCUGAUUGUUCUUAAACUGAGGACUCUUAAAAGGCAUGGUGGAUCUCAAAGACCUUUCAAGGUCAUCACUUCAGUAGUGGUCUGCUUCUUUAUCUGUUGGUGUCCAUACAACAUCUGGCCAUUUAUACCACUAAGUACAAACUAUUGGAAAGCACGUAAUAUAUUACGUGAAGUUAGUAUUUGCCUAGCUUAUUUUAAUAGCUGCAUCAACCCAAUCAUCUAUGUCUUCUCUAGUCCAGACUUCAAGGCCAAUUUUACCAUAAAGUCUUUGCCAGCCAGGCUGAAAAAUGCAUUUAUUGACAGUGAUGAAGUGGACAGUGAAAACAUCAAAACAUGUACAUCACUUUUAUGACUGUCUCAUGAUUUUAUAAAGUGCUGGUAGUUUAAUAACUACCAAAUACAGG